AGAAUGGAAACUGGAUGAAAUGUGAAGAGCAUAUAUUUGGAAACUAUUAUCCAGAAAAAUAUUUAAUUCUCAGCCAAGAUGUUUCAUAUUUGUCAGGGAACGUGUAUGUGCGCCUCCUCAGGUGAAGGAGGGUUUACUAAAGGAAAAGUACUUUACUGCUAUGGCGAGGUUGUUUUACAGAGAGAUCUAAUGCGGGGACAAGAAGAGGCUCCAUCAGCUGAGGAGCAAUCUGAGAUUUAUCUUCUACAAAUUAGUCAAAUAGUUGCUCUUGUAGUUCUUAUAUUAGCAAUAUUGAUAGUGUUGAUCUCUAUCCGGAAAGGGCUCAGCAAGAUCCAAUCCCAGGUUAUAUAUUGUUCAUUUAUUCAAUACUAUUUAUACAUUAUAUAUUCUACUAGACUUCAG